GCGCAUGUUCCUCUCAAUCAGCAGUGGUGCACACUUCUCUCUCCGAAGGGUGUUUCAUCUGCUGUUGCUAGGUCUUUUUGGCCCAUUGUGGACCAUUCGCUGCUGAUCCGGCGUCAGAUCUAGGUCCUGCCGACAGGUCGAAAAGGGUCUCAGGGAGUGUCACCCUAGCUAGAGUGCGUUUCAUACAUCAUUUCGUCGUGCCGCUGAGCUAUCAUCUAGCAUUCCAAUUGGUGUAUCACUCGUGGCUCUUAGGAAAAUGGACAAGGCCACCCUGAUUUUGUCCAGCGGCCAGACCUUCACGGGCCAAAUCUUUGGUUCCAAGAAUGCAGUCGAUGGCGAAAUUGUUUUCCAAACGGGCAUGGUGGGGUACGUGGAGGCUCUGACGGACCCUUCCUACCUCGGCCAGUUCCUCCUCCUCACUUACCCCCUGAUCGGCAACUACGGCGUGCCUGAAGACACCAAGGACGAGCUGGGAUUGAGCAGGUGGUUCGAGUCAGACAAGAUUCACGCGAAAGCGCUGAUUGUGUCAGAAAAGUGCGACAAGCCAAGCCAUUUCCAAAGUGUCAAGAGCAUCGACAAAUGGCUUGAGGAAAAUGACGUUACUGGUCUGUGCGGCGUCGAUACCAGGGCCCUGACACGAAUUAUCAGGGAGUCUGGGUCGACCCUUGCUCGCAUCGUCCUGGGCGAACCAUCGUCAGAAGACAUGGUCAGGGAAAUCCCCGACUUGAACCUGCGUAACUUGGUGGAUGAGGUCUCUCCUAAGGAUGCGGUUGUUUUGUACAACAAGGGUGGCACCCCUAAGAUUCGACUGAUGCAUUGUGGAGCUAAGACUAACCAGAUCAGGUGCCUGAUCAAGAGGGGGGCUCAGGUCGAGGUUGUGCCCUGGGAUCACCCUUUGCUUGAGGAACAGGAUAAGUUUGAUGCAUUGUUUCUGAGCAAUGGACCUGGCGAUCCAGCUUUGUGCUCUGCCCUGGUGGAAAAUCUAAAGAAGCUCAUGGAGGCUGUGGUGAAGCCGAUAUUUGGGAUUUGUUUAGGUCACCAAAUCCUGGCCAUUGCUGCUGGAUUCACUACCUACAAAAUGAAGUACGGCAACCGAGGCCACAACCUGCCUUGCGUGCACCUGUCCACAGGCCGGUGCUUUAUGACCACCCAAAACCACGGCUUUGCCGUCGCGGACAAGGACAUACCAGAGCAUUGGAGUGCUCUGUUUGUCAACAAGAACGAUGGCUCAAACGAGGGCAUCGUCCACAACAAGCUGCCUUAUUUCAGCGUGCAGUUUCACCCGGAGCACUGUGGUGGGCCGGAGGAUCUUGAGUGUUUGUUUGACGUUUUUCUGAAAGUCGCACAAAACUAUCUUUCCUCGCCUGCAUCAUUCACUAGUGUCAAUGCCUACCUCAACGAGCAGUUUUCUUACGUUCGAGCUGAUUCUACGGAGAAGACUAUCAGAAAGGUUCUUCUGCUUGGGUCGGGAGGGCUGUCCAUUGGUCAAGCUGGUGAGUUUGACUAUUCCGGGUCGCAGGCCCUGAAGGCCCUGAGAGAGGACGGUAUAAUCAGCGUUUUGAUCAACUCUAACAUCGCCACUGUGCAAACCUCCCGCGGUCUGGCUGACAAAGUUUACUUUGUGCCCAUAACACCAGAAUAUGUUGAACAGGUCAUCCAAUAUGAAAGGCCAGAUGGCAUUCUGCUUACAUUUGGUGGUCAAACGGCUCUUAACUGCGGAGUGACCCUCGAAGAGAAAGGAGUGCUCAAGAAGUACAAUGUUGAAGUUCUUGGCACUCCGAUUUCAGCUAUCACGAUCACGGAGGACCGCGAGUAUUUUGCCCAAAAGAUGGCCUCGAUUGGGGAAAAAGUGUCCCCCAGCCUGUCUGUCGUCAGCAUGGAAGAGGCACUGGAGGCUGGCAGAAAGCUCGGCUAUCCUGUCCUCGCACGCUCUGCCUAUACCCUUGGUGGUCUCGGCUCGGGAUUCGCAAAUGAUGAGAAUGAACUCAUCGCCCUGGCGCAACAGGCGUUUGCCCACUCAAAGAAGCUGAUCAUCGACAAGAGUUUGAAAGGCUGGAAGGAGGUCGAGUAUGAAGUUGUAAGGGAUGCUUUCGAUAACUGCAUCACGGUUUGCAACAUGGAAAAUUUGGACCCACUGGGAAUACACACAGGUGAGAGCAUCGUGGUGGCGCCAAGCCAGACCCUGAACAACAGGGAGUACCACAAAUUGCGCUCUGUGGCCAUCAAGGUUAUCAGAAGUCUCGGCAUCAUUGGCGAGUGCAACAUCCAAUACGCCCUGUCGCCGCAUUCUGACCAAUAUUACAUCAUCGAGGUGAACGCGAGACUGUCGAGGAGCUCUGCCCUGGCCAGCAAAGCCACUGGCUACCCGUUGGCUUACGUAGCGGCCAAAUUGUGCUUGGGAAAGCCGCUCACUGAAAUUAAAAACACAGUAACUGGGGUAACCACUGCUUGCUUUGAGCCCAGUCUUGACUACUGCGUCGUCAAAAUUCCACGUUGGGACCUCAGCAAGUUUUCCAGAGUUAGCACAAAGAUUGGCAGUUCAAUGAAGAGCGUUGGUGAAGUGAUGGCGGUGGGCAGGAAUUUUGAGGAAGCUUUCCAGAAGGCGCUGCGGAUGACUGACGAGAACGUGCUCGGCUUCGACCCGUACUUCAAGCCGGCCUCGGAGAAGGAGCUCUCUGAACCAACUGACAAACGCAUGUUUGUUCUGGCCGCCGCCAUCAAGGAGGGUCUUUCGCUUGAAACGCUGAACGCGCUGACCAACAUUGACCCGUGGUUCCUACACAAGAUGCAGGCCAUCAUCGCGUUGCAGAAUGAGCUGGAGCAGAGCACUGAGCUGACUGUGCCGCUGCUCACCAGGGCUAAGAAAAUGGGCUUCUCUGACAAGCAAAUCGCCUCCUUUGUCAGCAGCACGGAACUCAAUAUCAGGCAGAAGAGAUCGCAAGUCAGUGGUCCAUGGGUGAAGCAAAUCGACACAGUAUCAGCAGAGUUCCCAGCUUCAACAAACUACCUGUAUCUAACCUACGACGGUUCAUCUCACGACUUGGAUUUCCCUGGAAAUUACGUCAUGGUGAUAGGAUCCGGUGUGUAUCGUAUCGGCAGCAGCGUGGAGUUUGACUGGUGCGCCGUGGGCUGUUUGCGUGAACUGAAACGCUUGGGGAAGAAGACCAUCAUGCUCAACUACAAUCCAGAAACCGUCUCCACGGACUACGACAUGUCUGAUCGCCUAUAUUUCGAUGAAAUCUCGUUUGAGGUUGCAAUGGAUGUGUACCAAUUGGAAGACCCUGAGGGCAUCAUCCUAAGCAUGGGUGGCCAGCUGCCCAACAACAUCGCCAUGGACCUAUUCCGUCAACAGGCUCGAGUUUUGGGCACCAGUCCCGAGAUGGUGGACAACGCGGAGAACAGGUUCAAAUUCUCAAGAAUGCUGGAUCGUAUUGGAAUUCUGCAGCCAAGGUGGCGCGAAGUGACCACUCUGGAGAGUUCCAUUGAAUUUUGCGAGGCGGUCGGUUUCCCUUGCUUGAUCAGACCUUCUUACGUUUUGAGCGGCGCCGCCAUGAACGUGGCACACAACGAGAACGAUCUGAAGACAUACCUGCAAACCGCGGCCAAGGUCAGCAAGGAGCACCCUGUUGUCGUCUCAAAGUUUCUGCUUGAAGCUAAGGAAAUAGACGUGGAUGCUGUGGCAAAGGAUGGCGAGAUAUUGUGCAUGGCCGUGUCUGAGCACGUGGAGAAUGCGGGGGUGCACUCUGGAGACGCAACCCUAAUGACCCCUCCGCAGGACAUUAAUUCAACGACGCUGAAAAAAAUUUCGGCCAUAGCCAGAGCGAUAGCUGACAACCUAGAGGUCACCGGGCCGUUCAACAUGCAGCUCAUUGCAAAGGAUGACGAGCUGAAGGUGAUAGAGUGCAACGUGCGAGUGUCCAGGUCGUUCCCCUUUGUAUCAAAAACACUGGAGCACGAUUUCGUGGCCGUAGCUACAAGGGUGAUGCUAGGCUACGUCGAGAAACCCGUUGACGUCCUGUCAGGCUGCAAAAAGGUCGGCGUCAAGGUUCCCCAGUUCUCUUUCUCGCGACUUACAGGUGCUGACGUGAUGCUCGGUGUUGAAAUGGCGUCAACUGGAGAGGUGGCCUGCUUUGGGGAGAACCGCUACGAGGCCUACCUCAAGGCGCUGAUGAGCACUGGCUUUCAACUUCCGAAGAAGUGUAUCUUGCUCUCCAUUGGUACUUACAAGCAUAAGAACGAACUGCUGCUGAGCAUCAAGAACCUGAGCAAAAUGGGAUUCAAGCUGUUUGCUAGCGAUGGAACUGCUGAGUUUUGCAACGAGAAUGGAAUUAAGGUGACACCAGUUGAUUGGAGUUUCGAAGACAUUGGUGAAAACUCCACAUGCGGGAAGCUGAAUGAGAUGGCCGACUUCCUGGCCAACCGCAAGUUUGAUUUAGUGAUCAACCUGCCAAAGCGGGACGGCGGUGCUCGACGCGUGUCUAACCUGAUGACGCGGGGCUACCGCACACGGCGCAUGGCUGUCGACUACUCCAUCCCGCUGAUCACAAACGUCAAGUGUGCCAAGCUGCUGAUCGACGCUCUCAUGAAGGUCGGCGGGGCGCCGCUUAUGAAACCGCACACGGACUGCCUCUCUAUGCACCAGGUGAUACGUCUUCCUGGUAUGAUCGAUGUGCAUGUGCACCUGAGGGAACCUGGUGCCACGCACAAGGAGGACUUUGAGACGGGCACCAGUGCAGCGUUGGCCGGUGGGGUCACCAUGGUCUGCGCUAUGCCCAACACCAGCCCCGCUCUCACUGAUAUCACGACACUCAACUACAUUUCAGAGCUGGCCUCUCAUAAGGCAAAGUGCGAUUACGCCCUGUUCGCCGGCGCCUCGGAGGGAAACACAGAUAGCGUGUCUCUGCUGGCGUCGAAGGUGGCCGGUCUGAAGAUGUACAUGAACGACACAUUCACCACGCUGAAGCUGGACGACUUUGAAGUCUGCUUUCAGCACAUGAAGAACUGGCCGAAUCACCUGCCAUUGUGCGUGCAUGCUGAGGGCGCCACCCUGAGUACAGCCCUACUGCUGGCCAGCUGGAACAAGCGACCGCUCCACGUCUGCCACGUGGCCCGCAAGCAGGAGAUCCUGGCCAUCAAGAAGGCUAAGGAAAUGGGCAUGCAAGUCACCUGUGAGGUUUCGCCUCACCACCUAUUCAUCAGCUCUGAGGACAUGGAUGUGCAGUCGCCCCUGUCCAAGGUGAAACCUCCGAUAUGCACUCGCGAGGAUGUUCAAGCACUGUGGGACAACCUUAGCGUCAUCGACGUCUUUGCCACUGAUCAUGCUCCGCACCUCAUAAGCGAAAAGAUGGAGCUCGGUGUGCCUGGUUUUCCAGGCCUCGAAUCAGCGUUGCCUCUGCUGCUCAAUGCUGUCAACGAAGGCAAACUAUCCAUGGCAGACAUUUUGUCUCGUUUCCACACAAACCCGAAGAGGAUCUUCAACCUGCCUGACCAGCCAGACACAUUCAUUGAGGUGGACAUGACGCAGACGAUUACCGUGCCAAGCAAGCCAGCAUACUCCAAGGCUGGCUGGACGCCGUUCGCUGGCCGCACCCUCAAAGGAGUCGUGCACAGGGUGGUACUGCGCGGCGAGGUCGCCUACCUCGAGGGCAAGGUGCUGGUUGGCGCCGGCUAUGGACAGGACGUGCGCAAGUGGCCCGCUCAGCUGCCUGUUCCAUCCGUCUCCCUGGUGCCCACCGUGGACAAUUCCUUCACGCCACCAGUCCCGCCGCCCAUCCCACCGCCGCAGGAGCAGCCCAAGCACAGAGUUGAUAUGCAGGCUAGGGUGAUGAAGGAGCUAGACAUAAAGCCGGCCGACGAGACGAUUCCACAGCUGGAGCACGCGCAUCGCACGCAGGUCAUGCACGUUCUCAGCUCGAGGAUGUUCUCCAAGGAACAGCUGAACCGCAUCUUUGACGUCGCAGAGACCUUCAAAAUCGCCGUGCAGAAGGAACGAAGCAUUGAUCACAUAUUAAAGGGCAAAGUCCUGGCAAGCGCCUUCUUCGAAGUCAGCACGCGAACAUCGUCGAGUUUCUCUGCAGCCAUGUGGAGGCUGGGCGGCUCCGUGAUCCACAUCGAUGAAGCCAGCUCGUCUGCCCAGAAGGGUGAAUCUCUUGAGGACUCCAUGCAAGUGAUGGCAGGCUACGCUGACGUCAUCGUUCUACGCCACCCAAAACCAGGAGCUGUUGACUCUGCGGCGGCUUGUUGCAGAAAGCCUGUAAUUAACGCGGGUGACGGCACAGGAGAGCAUCCCACACAAGCGUUGCUCGACAUUUUCUCAAUCCGACAUGAGAUUGGCACUGUCAACGGCCUCACCAUCACGCUUGUCGGCGACCUCAAACACGGCCGCACCGUCCAUUCGCUCGCAAAGUUGCUUACUUUGUACAAAGUGACUCUUCGGUACGUCGCACCUCCUGGCUUGGAAAUGCCGCAGGAAGUUAAAGAUGUGGUCGCUGGAGCCGGCAUUAAACAGGAGUGUCACACCAAUCUGGAGAGCGUGCUGCCGGACACAGACGUUUUAUACAUGACACGGAUCCAACAUGAGCGGUUCACCUCGAAGGUCGAUUACGAGGCGGCGCUAGGGGUGUACAGGGUCACGCCGCAGUUGAUGCGCCUGGCCAAGCGGAAGAUGGUGGUGCUGCACCCCCUACCAAGGCUACAGGAGAUCGCGACUGAGUUCGACACUGACCCCCGCGCCGCGUACUUCCGCCAGGCUGAGCACGGCCUCUACGUCAGGAUGGCCCUGCUCGCCAUGGUCCUUGGCCGAUGCUGAUCAUCUAAACGCAAAUCGUGAAAACUUUUCAUUGAAUUUUUUGUUUUUGCUUCACAACAAUAAAUAUAGAAUAUUUUCUUAAUUUGUCUA